GCUCUCCGACUGACGUGUCGCAUUCGGUUAUUGUGGAGGAGAAACUGCGCCGUGUUUUAUUUUUCAUGCCGACGCGAACUUAACUGUUACCGCCCGGUGGAACAAUGUCGGAGCCCAGCAAGCAGGAGAUCUCUGCCAUCUUCAAGCGGCUGCGCUCGCUUCCCACGAACAAGGUUUGCUUCGACUGCUCAGCCAAGAACCCCAGCUGGGCCAGCGUCACCUACGGGGUGUUCGUGUGUAUAGACUGCUCGGGCACUCACAGGUCCCUGGGGGUGCACCUGAGCUUCAUCAGAUCUACUGAGCUGGACUUUAACUGGUCUUGGUACCAGCUGAGAUGUAUGCAAGUGGGAGGCAAUUCCAGUGCGAUGGCCUUUUUCAGUCAACAUGGCUGCACAACCAGUGCGGCCAAUGCCAAGUACAACAGCAGAGCGGCUCAGCUGUACAGGGAGAAGAUAAAGACUUUGGCUACACAGGCUACCAGAUGCCACGGCACUGAGCUGUGGCUGGAUAGUCAGGCUCCUCUCUCGCCGACGUCACCGGAGGACAAGCAGUUGGAUUUCUUUAGUCUGCACUCACAGGGUGUUCCUGAAAUUGUGAACAUGCCCAAAAUGUGUCUCAGCUCCUCCACACAAGAUAAGUGUUUAACGCUGGAAAAAGAGGAAGACAACAAUGGUAAUGCAGAGGAGGGUCCGAGUGUGGACAUGCUGAGCGUCUCUCCAAAAACAAAUCCAGAGCCGUCCUCUAUGUUCAAGAAGAAGCCAUCUGCUGCCAAGAAAACUUUGGCCUCUAAGAAGGGCGGUCUGGGCGCUCAGAAGGUGAGCAGACAGAAUUUCUCUGAGCUGGAGAAGAAGGCUCAAGCUGCAGACAAGCUGAGGGAGAAGGAGGAGGGCUCUGGGAGUGUCAAGAAGAAUCUUCAACCUGAUGAAUCUAUAGCCCCGUCACUGCGAAUGGCCUACAAAGAUUUUGAGCAGCAGAGGAAAAGAGAGGAGCAGAAGCUGAAGGGAUUAGACGGGAAGAAGAAGGAGCAGGCGGAGAGACUGGGCAUGGGUUUAGGCAUGAGGAGUAGUGGAGUUUCACAUUCUGUGACCUCGGACAUGCACAUGAUCGAGCAGGAGAGUCCACUGGGGAAAAAGUCCACCAGAGGACGGAGGUUCACGGAGCAAGAGGAUGACGAAGGCUCCUUCAGCUCCAGGACUGUGUCGCGGCUCGAAGAUCAAACGGAACCGUCUGAUAAUUUCACUUCACGGUGGGACGAUGGUGGCGAUGGAGGAGGAGGCUGGAUGAAGGAGAGCAAGAAACCAGAGCCAGACUUCUACUUGUCCUCCACCAUAUCUUCCUUUGAUGACAGGCCCACAGCCAGGAGGAAACCGGAGCCAGUGACAGACACAGGAGAAGCUCGGAAAAAGUUUGGAAAUGACGUCAAAGCAAUCUCCUCUGACAUGUUCUUUGGAAAACAAGACAACUCUGAGUACGAGGCCAAAACUCGACUGGAAAGAUUUUCCGGGAGCGCGUCUAUAAGUUCAGCAGACCUCUUCGAUGAUCCAAAGAAACAGACUGCGAGUUCGUACCGUCUGACCAACGUGUUGCCCAGUGCUCCCGAUAUGUCGCAGCUCAAACUGGGAGUUCGCUCAGUCGCGGGAAAACUCUCCGUCAUGGCCAGCGGUGUCGUUAGCUCAAUUCAGGAUCACUACAGUACCUGAGUCACUGUUUGUAUCCUCUUGGGAUUCAGCAUCUGCCGUCGGCUGUAAUCUGAUUACCAGAGUUGGAUAAUUUCCCCAGUGAGUGGAGGUUCCUUCCCUGGUGAGAGACGGAGAAAGGUUCAGCUCUCAAAAUGUGCCCCCUAAAUGAUCCUGUACACAUUUUACAUCUCCAUCUUUUUUCUUUUUUCCCCCUAAAAAAUACAGUAUAUUGUUAAAAUCAGGAUAACUGAAGCACAAUAUUUGUUCAUCUGCAGUGAAGUGAAAUCUUGAAGAAUAUUUUAGUUUUGCAGUUUAUUACUUAGUUUGAUUUAUGGUCUUUGGAUUUAAAUAUUUAGAAAAGUACUUUAUAUAGCAGUGUGAGAAGGUUUCUGGUGUUACGAAGGAUUUUUCUUUUUGUCAAAACCAAAGCAGCAGAGACAAUUCAGUUAGAAGAACUUAAUUGGUUAGCACAUGCUCAUACAAUCACUCAUCUCAAACACAAACGCACACUUUUUUUAUUUUUUAUAUUAUAUAUUUUUUGUCCUCUCCAUCCCCAAAGUGCACUUAUGUUUGCUCUUCCACAGACAGGACCAAAAGCUGAAAACGAGGCCUUGGGGGAUGAGAUAUAUAAAUAUAUAUAUAUAUAUAUAUAAAUGUAUAUUUCCUAAUUGAAGAUUAUAUUAGUUAUUUAAAGUAGUAUUGGUUGAAUUAGCAUACACGCUUCAUUACCCUGAAAGUAGCUACAUUUUUCCUCUUGUUUUUGUAGGACAUACAUCUUUAGCACUAGAGGACGGGAUGACACGAGGCCUUAGCAGCUAUAUGAGUUUAAAAAGAAAGGUUUGCCGUUUGGGGAAAAUGUGCUAAUGAAUUUAUUUUUUUUGCCAGAAAUGUGAAACCACUAAUUGUAUUUGUGCGUUUUUUGUUGGUAGGUGUUGUUUGGUACCUCGGACAGAGCCAGGCUAGCUGUUUACAGCUGUUAAUGCUAAGCUAAGAUAUGAGAGUGGGUAUCAAUCUUCAAAUAAGCCUAUUUCCCAAAAUGUCAAAGUUUUCCUUUAAAAAAAAAAACUCAUAACAAAGUGUUAUUUCGAAUUAAUGGCUAUAAUCAAGAAUAUGGUCGACAUGGUAAUAUACAUAUAAAUGUAGAUUUAUGGAUUUAUUUUUUAGUGUGGAGGGGCUUUUGAUGGUGUUUUGAUUUGAAAAGUGUGUUUUACGAGGUCUGCAGUGAAUUCCUAUAGUUGUUUGUUCCCUUUGGCAUAUUAUUUAGUGGCACAGAGAGUCUUGAAGGCUGGAAUCUCCUGGUGCGGUGGGACGUCUUUGUAGCGUUCGACUCCCAUUGUACAGCAACACACAAAAAAAUGAAUGUAAACAGUUACCUUUAAAGCCUUCAAAGUAAAAUUAUGUUUGAACCGCCAAGGUCCUAGUGAUAUAUUUAAUUACGUCAAAUAUAACAGAUGUGACACAAAUAGUACUACAGGAGGUGCCAUAGUGUGUUUUUUUUGUGAGAUUUGAUAUUUAAAAGCAAUAGAAAAGCAGAUAUUCGUUCAUGGCCUCAAUAUUCACAAACUGCAGCGUGUCUGAAGUUUUCUUAUGAGUUGAGGCCCCAGUGUGUCUGAAGCCCAGAUUGGGAACAGGGUGAUCACAUCACUGUACUGUUUACGCUUCUCAGGAGUUUGACUCGUUAAGAUAUGAAGAAAAAAAAAAAGAUUUUACAUCCUUCAAUGACCAAAUAUUCUGUUUACUCCAUCACUAUAUGCCUUAGCCCAAAGAUCUCUUAAAGCAUACGUCUUGAAAAUAUAUUGCAAUACCGUGGAGUCGUCUAGUCCGUUACCUUUUUUUUGCACAUAAUUUGUUAGAAAUUGCACGUGGCAGCUUUUGCUUGAAUGAACCGUUCGAUAUGCGUCCAUGCUAGAGUUUAUGUUUUGCUCAUCUUUGUAAGAUUGUUUAUAUCUCCUGCUGUGGCAAUGUUGUUAAAUGUUACUUUAAAAAGAAACGCAGCUUGUGUGGUAGCCCUAGUAGUUAUUAUAGCUCCCCAGACUUCAUCCUGAAUACUGGACGGCACACGGCUGCUGCUGCAGCCCAUUCAUUUACAUGAUAAUGGUGUAACGGAUCGCUCAAUGAUAACUGUGGAAAACAAUGUUGCACAGGGCUUAGAAAACCAUUUAUAGAAAAAUAUUGAUAAUCAAAUUUUGACAAUUUUUGACUUCUCAAAAUGUAAGUGAGGUUUUUGGAAACCUGCCAAAUAAAAGGCUUGUGCUUAA